UUAACAAUUUCCCUCCAGAAGUUUCAGCAGAAGGCUGUGAAGCAAACUAAGCAGAAGAAAUCCACGUCGGCUGAAUUUCUGAUGGUUAAAGAAUGCGGGGAAGCUACGGAAGGGGCCGGGAAUCCAGGUUUUAACAUGAGCAGCCCAGAGCUCGCAGCACAUCAGACUCCAGAAGGGAAAGUUAUUAGACGUGACAUGCUGGAUCACACCCUUGCAGCUCAUCAACAAAAACCCAGGCUGCCAGCCUCAGCAGGACCCAAAGGAAAUGAAUACAGCAGAAAUUACUUUGACCCAUUGAUGGAGGAGGAAAUAAACUCAAGGCAGUGCCGGAUGGAGGUCAGCCGAAGGGAAAGAAGGAAGAAGGAAGAGAUGCCAGAUUGGGACGCACUCAGCCAUUCCAGUACGAGUCAGGAUACUCACGAAGAGCCUGAGGAAGCCACCCCUGCACACACAGAGUGGUCUGAGAGGCGAGCUCCGCGAGGCAUCAUUCGGCUUGCAGGCUCUCCAUCAGGACAGGAUUUGAAGUUUGAAAGAAAAGGACUCAGCCAGGACAUUUCCAUGUCAUGUUUGAAGAAGGAUAAAGCAUUUGGGAAAUCCCUGAGUCAGCCCUGUACUGCCGAUGGGAAUCCUUAUACAAAGGACUGUGUCGCGGAGCAGUGCUCACUUCCAGAAGCGGCUAAAGAGUCCGAAAGAGCAGAAAGAGCUUUCUGGAAGGGUAAGCACUCUCAGUUGCCUCGCCUACAAAUACAGAUCAGAUGUAUCAGGGGCCUCAAGGACAAGGCUCCCCAAGGCUCCUACCUCCUCAGAGUGUCUCUGCUCAGUCAUCUGGGGAGUUGUGUCUCACAGUGGUGUCAAACUGAGCAGCUGAAGACAAGAACACGCCCAAUUCAUCAUGGUGGCCACUUUUAUGAUGUGGGGCUAUAUUUCCACGAAAGCCUUUUUGUGGUACUGCCUCAGAGGAACACUGUGAAACCUGGCUGGUCUUUCUUGUUUGAGCUCGUCUUUCUCCAUGAAACACACGUUCAUAAUGACCUGAUCAUGGGCUGGGCAGUCUUUCCUGUGUGUGAUAACAACUUCUUUACAGUGGAGGGAAAAUUCAAGUGUCCCCUUCUCCGAGGACCUUAUGACCAGAAACUGGACAGCUUCAGAAAAAUAGAAAAUUUGGUUUGCCAAGACUUGGACAAGUGGCUGUGCAAUCUAUAUUUUAAGGUAAUUAAAACUCCUUUGCAUUCGGAUGAUCAAAAGAGCCAUGAGAGCCGCAGGCAGCUUUCUCCCGAACAUCCUGUGUGCCUAAUGGCAGAUGCCGAGAACACAGAAUUCGAUUUGGAUAAUACAGCCAGCCCUUCAAAGAACGAACCUCCGGGAAACACCCAGGCUGAAAUGGGCAGAGCCACCCUCUCUUCUCAAGGAAACAUUUUUGAUAAAAUUGAACCCUGCCCCAGGGACUGUGAUCUCGGCCUCUUCAAAGGAGCCCAUGACUUACACACUAAGGGUGAGAGUUUGGCUGCCCAUUCUGUGAAAGAAAGAUUUACUGUGUGGAGGCCUGGAGAGCCUGGAGAUUACUCAGGGGAUAUGUCUUACUUGGAGGAACUGGAGCAACAUCGAGUUUCAGUUUGGCGCCCUUCAGUUGCAGACGGCCAUGGUUCUGUAGAGUUAUCCAAGCACCUCCACUUUGCAUGGGUGACCUUGUUCUCAGAACUUGAAUUAGCUCAAUGGCAAAGCCAGAGCUUCUGGUACAUCCUCCUGCUGGUGGCUUCUCUCUGGUUCCUGAGGCUCUACGUGCAUUACCUGGGCCAGUGGCUUUUCCUCUGGGCCCUUUCAACUCCAGUUACAAAAUUCCAGUUUUAUUCCUACACUGUUGAUCUCUGCUACCCGAUUUCUUCCCUUCACGUCGGAGAAGAGCUGGCUGUGAUUGUAUUGGGGCCUUUAGCUUUGAACACAAUCACAUUCCCCUUGCUUCUGAUCAGAUGGGGCUGUCAGCUACUGUUUUCUUCCUGCCCGGAUGCCUUGUCAAAGCUAAUCGUCACGAUGGGACUAUGGACAGUUCUAGACCCGUUGGCAGUGUUUAUAGUGGAUGCUUUCCUGGGGCGACUUGCACAUAAUGGGGAGACUCCUGUUGCGGAUGCAGCUAAACUCUACUGGAUGUUCCUGAGAACCAAGCAACCAGCCAUCCUCGGUGCUGGGAUCACAGUGGUACUUUACACUCUUCUGUUUGUCAUCUCUUCCUUGAUUUUGUACUUGUAUUGCCUCAGGUUGCACAAUGACUCUUGGAUAUUAGAUGCAUUUCAGAGAAUCCACAGUGAAGAAACCAAGUUCUUCAUGCCCUACGAUUUGGAGAUUUCUAAUCAGGAACUGAGUCACAUCGUGAAAAGGUCUGAGCAGUGGAGAGGCAUCAAUGGCGAGAGAAGGAAGGUGGCAGUGCACAAUUACAUCUGCAAAAGCCGUGACACCAAGUCCAGUGUCUCCAGCUGUGACCCCCACCAUCAGGAUGAACUAUCUGCAUCUGCAGUGGGUCCAGGAGGAGUUAUUUCCCACAUAUCCAUAUACACUGCUUAUUUCAGUGGGUUUCGAGAGUUGCAUCGCCAUUUUCUCAGGCUCCCUGAUGGAGCCAUCAUUGAGGUGUUUGGUGACAUCAGUGCCUUGAGGUUUGUCCCCAGUGAAGUGAUUACCACUAUUGAGGAGCACAUAAGAGAGAUAGACACUGUGCAGAGAGAAGCCUUUGCUAGUGCUCAAGAGAAACAAGAGAGCUCUGGGGAAACAAGAGGUAAUUUUGUCUGCAGCUUGAACAUUGCAUCAUCACUACCUGUGGUUGAGAAAAGGAAGCGCAAUGUUGUAUUUCAGUACAGCGCCUUAUGA